AUGAAGUUAUCGUUCGCUACAGAAACUGGCGAGGUCUACGGGCUCGAAGUGGAUAACACGAUGGAGAUCGAGAGUCUCAUGGCACUCUUGGAGGCCGAGUGCGGAAUUCCUAUCAACGAACAGAGCAUCACGCAUGAAGGACGCGAGCUCAAUGAUCCCAAGGCCACGCUUGCGAGUGCGGGAGUCCAGGACGAUGCGAUGUUACAAUUGAGAAGAAAGGUAGUUGUUGCAGGGAGGAGCGCAGCGCAUGAUGAAGAGAUGAUGAGACUGCAAUUACUCGGAGAUCCAAACCUGAUGAGACAGCUUCGCGAGACCCAGCCUGAACUCGCAGACGCGAUCCAAAACGACCCUCAGAGGUUCGGCGAACUCCUCCGAACUCACCGAGAGCGCCAACGCGACGCCGAGCUUGCACAACAGCGCGAGAUUGCCGCUCUGAACUCUGAUCCAUAUAAUGUGGAUACCCAGAGGCGCAUUGAGGAGGCUAUUCGUCAACAGGCUGUUUUGGAAAAUAUGGAGCAUGCGAUGGAGUAUUCGCCCGAGUUCUUUGGCAGGGUUAUUAUGCUUUAUAUUCCUGUCGAGGUCAACGGGGUCAAGGUAAAGGCGUUUGUGGACAGUGGUGCUCAGCAGACUAUUAUGAGCCCCGAGUGUGCAGAACAGUGCGGCCUACUACGACUACUUGAUAAGCGUUUUGCUGGGAUUGCCAAGGGAGUGGGUACGGCGAAGAUCUUGGGCCGAGUGCAUAGUGCUCAGCUCAAACUUGCCGACUUGCAUUUGCCUUGUGCAUUUACUAUUAUGGAGGGCCGAGAUGUAGACCUCCUCUUUGGGCUAGACAUGUUAAAAGCUCACCAGGCCUGCAUUGACCUCGAGAAGAAUGUGUUAAGGAUUCAAGGCAGGGAGGUCAAGUUCCUUUCUGAACAUGAACUCCCCGACAAAGCUCGUCACGACACUUCGGCCGAUCUUGAGGGUUCAAAAUCUCAGACACCUUCUACUUCUACCCCAGCUCCAGGUACUCAACCAACUUCGUCCUCUGCUACACCCGCCCCAGCCCAACGAUUUCCAGGAUCUGGAAGCACGCUGGGUUCCGCACCUGGGUCUAAUUCUACUCCUAAUCCCGGCCCUCUGCGUCCUUCAUCUCGCCAACAGCCACCAGCUGCCCAAGCUUCCUUCCCUGAAGACCAUAUUUUGACUCUUCAAGGGUUCGGAGCGACCCGCGAACAGGCGAUACAGUUAUUGCAGGCGGCAGGGGGGAACUUGGACGUCGCCGCUGCGCUACUAUUCCAAUAA